GUGUGUGUGUGUGUGUGUGUGUGGGGUGGGGGGCGCUCACGCGUGCCCGAGUGCGUAUUUUUGUGUGUCACUAUGAGUCUUGUCUCGGGCUUCCCUCACCACCCGGUCAUGCACCAUCACGACAGCCACCACUAUUCGCUGCAUGCGGCGGCGGCCGGUCGGUGUCACGAAGACACCGGUGCUCCACCGUACUUCACAAGCUGGUUGAUAAGUCACGCGGAUAUGUCACCUACAGAGUAUAGCCUUGCGCCCGGCUACAGCCCGGAGUACCAUGGCAACAGCGGCAGUGGGUCAACCGUCGGACUGGACCCACACCAUCACCACUACUAUGGCCCUGGAGGGUUAGUUCCAGGACCCGGCACCAUCUCGAUGAACGGAACCACGGUCGGUAUGCACCAUCAUCACCACACUCAUCCUCGGACCGUGAAGCGAAGACCAACGGCCAAUCGCAAGGAAAGGCGGCGGACCCAGAGCAUUAACUCAGCUUUCGCGGAGCUGAGGGAAUGUAUCCCUAACGUCCCGGCCGACACCAAGCUGUCCAAGAUCAAGACGCUGCGCUUGGCCACCAGCUACAUCUCUUACUUAAUGGACAUCCUAGACAAGGACGAACAACACGGAGACACCCAGGCUUUCAAGGCCGAGCUAAAGAAGACGGAGGCUCGGGAAGAACGGCGGAAAAGAGAGGCGGUGGAGAUCUCCAAGACUUCGUCCUCCAACUCCUCGUCGUCCUCCUCGUCAGCGGGCGAUAAGAAAAGUAAGGGCCGGACGGGAUGGCCUCAGCAUGUCUGGGCUCUGGAACUGAAGCAGUAGUCCGUCUCUGCCUCAAUGUCUCCUGUCGCAGGUUGACAGCACUCCUUCCUUUCUCAAGCUCGGCCGUCGAACUGCGAAUAGGAGAGAGCGUCCAGGCGAACUGAAACGGGAGUCGGCCUGGCUUCCUAAGGUUGUCGAGGCUUCCCUCACAAACAGUAGCUACAGAGACGCUGCGUGAGGCUCUGUUCAGGUGUGACGCGAAGGCAAUGACAGUUUGCUGUAAUUUAGGAUUAACACACACACACACACACACACACACACACACACACACACACACACACACACACCAUCAAUCAGCAAAAUCCCACUUUAUAUUCUAACUUAAGGUCCACAAACGAACCACAGACUGCUUUGUCAGUGGUCAUGUUUGAUGUCCGUGAAAGGUCAUCUGUUGGACUCGGUGGUGGAAUGAACGAGUGGUCCAUCUGCGCAGACCGCUGAGUUAUGUUCUACCAGAUCAGACCAGGACGUGUGCGACUCCCACACACAGAAUUACACAAAAUUACAAACACAUACACAGAUUCACACACAGGGUCUUGAGGUGUUUGCUUUAUUUAAGGAAAAAUAUUUAUGUGCAAUGUGACCUCUGGAAGGAUACAAACAGCCAUUGUGUCUGAUAUUACAGAGUAUCUGUGGUUACAGGACCAGGCGUAUGUGAAGAUCUCUUCUGUUUCUCCGUCUUUCUCUUACAGUUUAUUGUUGUAAAUGUAAUGUCGUCACGGCAGAUGACCACGUGUCCACGUUGUGGUGUCAAAAUGUCUCGGGAGCUAAGUAAUGCUUUAUGUGUCAUGAAAACAGUGUCACGAUUUGAAUAAACCGCCACCUGGUAACUGGGUUGAUUGUUGACUCUCAGUUGGUCAGACUGCACAAAGGUUUUAAGGAAAGUAA